UGUAGCUGUUGGCGGUGGCGGCGGCAGGAGGGGCAGUUGGUGGUGAGGCGACGCUGAGCUUCUCCCGCGGCGUGUUCGUGGCCCGCCUGGCUCAGUGUGCGCUGCCCCUCUGUGACAUCCACACCAGCCUGCUGCUCCCACAGCACCCACAGCCAUAACUAUAGCCACAGCCACCGCACACCCACACCUCUCUCUGUCCUGUCUCUGCUUCUGACACACACACACAAACGAUGGAUUGCAUCCGAUGGUUCUUCAACAGGUUCGCCCGCCGGCCACCACCCAAGGCUAAGGCUGAAGCCAGGGCCGAGGCCGAGAAAGCUGAGGCGCAGGCCAAAGAAGCAGCCGCAGCCGCUGCGGCGGCGGCUGAGCCUGGAACCGCACCCAAAGAGGAUGUGAAGCCAGGCACCUCGGAGCCCGCCAAGGCCGAGGCUGCCUCUGCAGAUGCAGCCAAAGCCGAAGAAGCUGGCAAGGCCGAUGGGCCUCUGAAGGAAGGCGAAAAGCCGGACGCCUCGGCCAAAGAGUCCGAGGCGUCAGGGGCCCAGAAACAAGAACCCAAAUCGGACGAAGCUGCCAAACUCGACGAAGCCGGAAAGAUGGAGGAGGCCAUUGCCGCCGCACUGGGAAAGGACGCCAAGGACCAGCUCGUCCCUUUAGGAAAGCCCACGGAAAGUGUGCCAUCCUCUGAGCAGAAGGAAGAACCCAAAGAAGCCGACAAAGAAGGUGCAAAGGAAUUCGAGAAGGCUAAGGUUGAUGGGGAACAGAAGGAGGAGGUGAAGAAGGAAGAAGAAGCAGCCGCUGCUCCUGCUGUGGAGGAGAAAGAAGCAGCCGCCCCAGUGCAGGAGGAAAAGAAGGAAGAAGCAGCAGCUCCAGUGGAGGAAGUCAAGGAGGAGGCAGCUGCACCAGCCCAGGAGGCUGAAGUUACAAAAGAAGAAGCUGUAGUUGAAUCUGCCCCAGUCAUUGAGGCUGCACCUGUUGAAGAAGUUGCCCCAGUUGCAGAAGCUGCUCCUGUAGUUGAAUCUGUCCCAGCACCAGUUGAAGAAGUCGCCACUGUUGUUGACUCUGCCCCUGCACCUGUUGAAGAAGUAGCCCCUGUUGUAGAAGCAGCUCCUGUCACAGAAUCUGCCCCAGCACCAGUUGAAGAGGUUGUCCCUGUUGUGGAAGCUGCUCCAGUUGUUGAAUCUGCCCCAGCACCUGUUGAAGAAGUCACCCCGGUUGUGGAAGCUGCCCCCGUUGUUGAAUCUGCCCCUGCUCCAGUUGAGGAAGUUGCACCUGUUGUAGAAGCUGCCCCAGCUCCAGUUGAAGAAGUUGCACCUGUUGUAGAAGCUGCCCCAGUUGUUGAAUCUGCCCCUGCUCCAAUUGAAGAAGUUGCACCUGUUGUAGAAGCUGCCCCAGCUCCAGUUGAAGAAGUUGCACCUGUUGUUGAAGCAGCCCUAGUAGAGGUCUCUGAAGAUGCCGCCCCUGUUACAAAAUCCGCCCCAGUGGAAGAAGCCGUCCCAGUAGUUGAAUCUGCUCCAAUUGUAGAGGCUGAUGUUGAAGAAUCUUCGUCUACUAAAGAGGUUACUCAGGAGCAGAAAGAGGAAACCCCCGCUGUUCAGGAGACUGCAGAGAAGGUCGAG